AUGUUCAUGAGUACAGGCCUGGUGUUUUUCCAAGGAGAAGCGCUUCUUUCUUAUCGAAUGUAUCGGUACGACUGUAAAAUCCUGUCGAAAUUUGUUCAUGUUGUAUUUCACGUGUUGGCGAUCGCAUUCUUCACCACUGCUUUCGCUGCUAUUAUCAUAAAUAAAAAUCUGCACGUGAGUCGGAACUUCGUUUCUAUAAUGUUUGUAUGA